AUGAUUUUACAACAAUGUCGCUUUGGAUUUUCGUCGAUAUUCUCUCCAAUAGUUCAAAAUGGAUUUAGAAAUUGCGUUAAAGUUCACAUCAAUGAUAAUAUAAUUGUAUCACGUUUGUCUUUUCAACUACAGUUUAGUUCACUUCGAACUAAAUCUCUUCGUUCUAAAGCAACGCACACUUUACCAGUAACGAAGGGAAUAGCAGCAUCCCGUUUUCGAUUUUUCAGAUAUACUCAAAAUAAUAAAUUUCUAACGAUUAACCAUAAUACAUUUUUUCAAUCACUUCUUAGACAGAAACAACGACUUAUACAUAUACCAUCAUAUCCACCAAUAAAACGUCAACAAACAGCAUUUCAAAUAGCAUUUAAGCAUGCAGGACGAGAAUUUGUUCGUUUUUUAACAUUUUUAUUUAUAAGUUUACUAUCCAUCGUGAUAAUUGGAUUAUUAUCAUGGAGAGGAUAUCAUUUUUAUAUUGAACAUUUUCUAUAUCCAACACCUACAAAAUUGUCACGUCCAGCGAGAGAUUGUCUAAGAGGAGCUUUUAUACGCACAAAAAUAUCGCCUGAUUCACAUACAGCAGAAAUUUAUUUAAGACAAGCAUUACAAAUUAUACUUGAACGAGAUAAAUUAGAUCUAAACGAUCAAAUUAUUAUUGAUAUUCUAAAAUCCUUGGGGGAUAAUUAUGUGUGGAGGGGAAAUUUGGAAGAUGCAAUCUUGCAAUACAGACAAAUAUUGGAAUUAUUAUUACAACAACAUCCAUCGAGGGAAGGAAAAGAAGAUUUGAGCGAAGUGAUUGAUAUUGCAAAGAAAUUGGGAGAUUUAUAUAUUAGAAUUCAAGAUUAUAUUACCGCAGAAAAAUAUCUCGUAUGGGCAAUUGGGUUAUUACAAGGAAAUGUUAUUGAAUUAUUAAAUGAAGAUGAUGAAGUAUUAGAAAAUACCUCAAUAUUUGCGAGUACUUCAUUAAUUAACAAAGAUUUCAUAUCGAUCACAGAUUUACUUGCAGGAUUAUAUGCAAAACAAAGAAAAUAUGAUUACGCUUUGCCACUUUAUUUAAGUUUAUUAAAAAUGAUACAAGAGAAAGAAAGUUUGAAAUUGAAAUGUUGGGAAGCUAUAAUUAAUGGUCACAUAGGAGAAAUUUUUUUUGCUAUGGGAAAAUAUGAUGAAGCUUUGGGUUGGCUACAAAAAGGUUUAUCUAUAGCUAAAAACGGUGAUGGGAACAGAGAUUGUGAUGAAUGCGCAGGUGUUAUUCUUAAUAAUCUUGGGUUAAUACAUGAAAGAAGAGAAAAUAAUGAAUUAGCCGUUUCUUUGUAUAUUAAUGCUAUAGAAUUUGCUGAAAAAGCACAAGAUUUUAUUGGUAUUGAAGAUUUUACCAAAAACUUGAAUCGUGUGCGAACACGAGAAGAAAAUUCUGAGCAAGUUUCCAAUGAAACAAUAUAA